CAUACUUCACAGUAAUGAAGUUAUUAAACGUCUACGUUUAACGUAAUAAAAGCAUUAAGCGUUGUGUUGUUUUGCAGUGUUAUUCGUGUAACAUUUGCAUGUAAUUCUUUCCACCACCUCUAUUUUAAAGAAGGGUGUAGCCGUGCACGGCUAUUCAAGCGCGCAAACGUAAACAUUAAACGUGCAAAACAGUAAAGGUUUACUUACUCUACGAUUCGCAACCGAAUACGAGUUUUUUACUAUUUUAUAGCGUUUUGAUGCUUUCGCGCACACAAAGCGUUUGUGUUUGGCGCGCGCUAGCGCUCGAGCUCGACCCUGCAGAAUUAAAGAGUCCUGUACACGUUACUCCCACUCACUUAUUCAAGUGCAAUCUCAUAAUAUAGUUUGAUUUUACGACGUUUGUGUCAAGAUAAAAGGGUUUGGUAGCGUGUUUCCAUGUUUGUCACAACAACGCUAAUUACACGGAAACGAGCCUAACAAGAGACACGUGCUUGUGCAUUGAACUUUAAAUGGUGUUUUGAAAAACAAACGUUCACGUUUACAUUAAUAGACAUGUUUGCAUUAAAACCCAUGUGUGUUUUUUUACAACUGAAGUUAAACACGGAAUAGUUGGCGUGUUGUGUGGUCUGCUGGGGGUGGCCAUCGACUGUUGCAUUGGCACAAUGCAUACAGGGAGGUGUGGGCAAGCUUUAUGCAGCUUAUUGAAUGUUUGGUUUUUAUCUUUAUCUUGUUUAUUACUCUGUCUGGUGCUAAUAUGUGGGGUUUGACUUGUAUUAUGUUUUACAAUGUCAGUGAAUGGUUGAUACUUGCCAUUUGUGGGAGAAAAGUUGAAAUACCUGUGUAUUCCUGUAUCAGUUGUUUUUGCGACACUGGGAAAUCAUAUUAACUGAUCCUGGAUCUGAUUUCAGUGAUAGAACUGUUAUAGCACAUGAUGUGUGAGCUAUAUUAGUCUCAUAUGGUGUGUACAUGAACUGCUGUUGCAUUGAGGUUUAUGGUAAUCUGGAACAUUCUGUUCAUUCACGCACAUGUUAAACUCUCAUAGCUGUUGAUGGUCCAACCAUCCAUAAUUCAUGACUUACAGAUAGACACUUGGUUGCUUUUUAUCGUAUGUAAAUUAGUUUUUUACACCUAGACCUCUAUUUAUUUAAAGUGUGGCAUGCACAGUCAGUAUGCUGGUUAAUUGUGUCGCUGUCUAUUGUGUGAUGUAAUGUUGAGGAUAUAGCCUUCUAAGAAAGUAGUUUGUUGUCAGUGUUUUUCAAACACUGGUUGAUUUGGUUGAACUUCAUAAAUUGUUUUAGAAGAAACUCGCUGUGCAAACACACAAUUCAGCCUCUUCAUGAACAAUCAUUAACUUUACAGUGACAUGUGUUUAUCAAUGUGUCUGUUUUGUAGUUCGCAAAUUUCACAGUAGUUUGCUUUGAGGUACAUCACGGAACGUCCAGUACUUGCAUAUUAUUUUAUAACGCACCACCAUCAAGGUUUGUUUGUAUUUGCCAAAGCGGACACCUGUCAAUCAUUUCAGUAAGACCGGAGUACGCUGAGAAAGUUUGACUUCUACGAUCUAAGUACACUUGAACCUUAGUUGACUGAUUAGGGGUCUCGUGUAUGUGUGUACAGUCUGCACAGGUAUUUCAGGUAGCAGUGAUGGAUUUGGAAUGCACUUCAUAGGUACGCUCAGGUGACUCAAAUUCAGUUCCUUUCAGAAAUUGGUACAAUAUUUGGUUAAAACAGUCCCGUCUCAAAUGCAAUCUACUAAAGCUGCAGUGCAACAGGACGACGCCCAGCAGUCUGUCUGCUAUAUUUAUUUUGGCAUUUAUUGAGAGUAUGAAACAUAUACCCAACACAGAUGAAGCCAUAAUGUUCCUGUCAACCUGUGCCUGUUUGUUAAGAAAGAUGCACAGAAAUCAUCUCUUUAUGUGUCUUUCAUUAGGAAUAUAAAGAAAGGCUUAAUGCUAUAUAACUUAUAAUUAUACCACCUUACCAAGAGAGUUUUAGUUGUGUCAGGACUUGUUUACCGAAAAAUAUUUGUUUUGCUGUUUGGCAUUGGGACAUUAGGAGCACAAGAUCUCAUGAAUGACGUUGUCAUCGUAUGUCACACUUUUUAAGGGUCAAACUAUAUGAUUUUACAGGUUUAAAGUUAAAGUGAGACGCUCGGGUCAGUUUGGUACAACAUCUCUGAUGACAUAAGCAAUGGAUAAAUCAAUAAACUGAUAAGAUCAUGAACAGACAGAAGAUAACAAGGACGCGACAAAUAGAAAAAUACGCAUCCUCGAGGCUUUAACAUUCUAGAUUUCCUUUUUUAUUAAGUCUUGCUGUUUGCCAUAGAAGGUAUGGUAAUGGGCAGCUAACAUUUUCUACUGUUGUUUCUAGCUGAGGGUUUGCCAUGUUCAUAUGGAGAGACUCUUAAAGGGACAGUACACCUAAAGUGAGAAUUCUUUCAUGAUUUAUUCAUCCUCAUGUCAUUUCAAACCUGUGUGACCUUCUGUCUUCUGCAGAAGAUAUUUUGAAGAAUGUUGUUUACCAAACAACAUUGAACUCUAUUGACAUCCUUUGUAAGAACACAAAACCACAUUUCUCAAAAUAUCUUCAUUUGUUUUUUUUCACAGAAGAAAGAGUCACAUACAGGUAAUAACCACUUAAGGGAGAAUAAAUGCUGACAGAAUUUCUAUUUUCUGGUGAAUUGUCGCUUUCACUUUUAGAUUUGCAAAUUUUUGUCCAUCCGUUUAGAGCAAUCAACAGCUCAAAGUUGCAGUACUAAAGUCUACUUCACACAACAUAGUUAGAAACAAAAAUUUUAAAACUAGCCUUAAGUACUUCUUUGGAUCGUCCUUAAAGUCGACACUGAACGGAAGGAUAGAUUGUCUUUUCUUCCAUAUCGGCAUGUACCCGAGUGAAACGACUUCUGAAAUGAGAAAAAAAUGCAAGGCGGGACUUUAUUUCAUCCACCGACAACUGAUUGGAUCGUUAAAAGAUUUGAAUGGCAGUUUGCAAUCUGUCAGUCAUUGCAGCCCCACCCUUGCGCCAUUCCUCAUGACCAGAAGACGUUUCCAGAUGGGGAGGACGUGUAUGGUUUUGAGUAAAAAGUUUACAAGUGCAAAUGAAUAAAUAAAUAAAAAUAUGUGCACGGAUAAAUCAUUUAUUAUAAAUACUUCAGCACUGUGUAAAACAAUAAGAAUUAUCCUUUCAAUUUCUGUCAAGUGAAAUACAUCUGUUCUGUGAAGUUUUAGCCACACGGACCAAUGAGCAGCAUCUCAAGUCUCUCCUAGCAAACAAUAUUAAAGAUUUUUUUGUGUAUUGUGUCAUUUCAGUUUUAUCAUUGAGUAGAUGGCACAUUAGGUGGAUACAUAUCUGUAAUGUAACCUAAAACCGUAUGGAGGCUCUGGGUGGAUAAUCUUAGAGCUAAAGAAUAUGAGUCCCGCUGAGGGUUUGACAUCCUCUAUUACACAGACCUUGAUGUUUUUAAGUGUAUACCACUUUGAGAAGUCACAUUUCUUGUGAAACCAUGUCAAAUUAGGCCCCACCCAGUUUGUGAAUUUGUGUGAAUAUUUGGUUAUUAACUGUGAAAUUGAGCUUUGAGGGUGUUAGUGUGUUGUCUGAGUUCCUCAGGGUGUUUUGACCCUUGUGCCGGAGCAGCUGAUUGGCUGAUAGGGUUGAGAGGAGUGACUCCAUAUUAGGAAAAGCCUGUGAUCACAGGAAGCAUUUUCUUCCUUGAGAUGGGAGCACCUGCAUCAAGACAAAAAUAUCCUGAUCACGUCUGUAAACAUGGACCGCAUGGAGCUGAAGAAUGUCAACACAGAGGCGGACGAUGACAGCAGCUACAACGAACCCAUGGAUUCAGAGAAGGCCACUAUGAGCAGUCAGUUCCUGGAUGAAGAUGAUGCAGAGAGCCAGAAGUUUCUCACUAAUGGAAUGAUGAAGAAGAAGAAAUAUGAGGAAUACGAUGAAGAAUAUCAUCCGGGUCAUGCAUCUUUCGGAAUGUCCGUCUUUAACCUUAGUAAUGCAAUCAUGGGCAGUGGAAUUCUGGGAUUGUCAUUUGCCAUGGCCAACACAGGCAUCAUACUGUUUAUAAUUCUUCUUUUUGGUGUGGCCAUUCUGUCUCUAUACUCAGUUCAUCUGUUACUAGUGACUGCAAAAGAAGGAGGCUCACUGAUCUAUGAGAAGCUCGGAGAGAGAGCGUUCGGCUGGCCGGGGAAGAUGGCAGCCUUUGGGUCUAUUACUCUACAAAAUAUUGGAGCCAUGUCAAGUUACCUGUUCAUUGUCAAGUACGAGCUGCCGGAGGUCAUCCGAGCUUUCAUGGGUCUGGAGGAAAUUUCUGGUGAAUGGUACAUGAAUGGGAAUUACCUGGUGGUGUUUGUGUCCAUCGGAAUAAUUUUACCCUUAUCCCUGCUGAAGAAUCUGGGAUAUCUUGGAUACACCAGUGGUUUUUCUCUCUCCUGCAUGGUGUUUUUCCUGGGCGUGCUGAUCUAUAAGAAGACGAUUCUCCCGUGUCCUCUUCCCUUCUUUUACCAACACGACUCUAACAUGAGCGCUAAUGGAUCAGACGCGUUGGGUAUGUUUACACUUCAGAACGCCUCGGUGCUGGCGUAUAUCUCUGAAACGGCUGUGAACGGACCUCACCUGGAUCCUCACGCACAUGUCCACGACUCCACAGUUCAGUUCACGGCACACCCCGAAGGCGCAGAGGAAAUGUGCACGCCCAAAUAUUUUGUGUUCAAUUCUCAGACCGCUUACACCAUUCCCAUUCUGGCCUUUGCGUUCGUGUGUCAUCCUGAAGUUCUGCCCAUUUACAGCGAACUGAAAGAUCGAUCUCGCAAGAAGAUGCAGACGGUGUCAAAUCUUUCCAUUCUGGCUAUGUUGGUUAUGUACCUUUUCUCGGCUCUCUUUGGUUAUCUGACAUUUUAUGAUCACGUGGAGGCAGAGUUAUUACACACCUUCACUAAAGUCUAUAAGUUUGAUACGAUGCUUCUGUUGGUGCGUUUGGCUGUUCUGACCGCUGUGACCCUCACUGUUCCCAUAGUGCUGUUCCCUAUCCGGUCGUCCGUCAUCACGCUGUGUUUCGCAGGAAAAGAGUUCAGCUGGAUCAGACACAUCGUCAUUGCAGCUGUGAUACUGGCCUUUAACAAUCUUCUGGUGAUCUUUGUUCCCACCAUCAGAGACAUAUUUGGAUUCAUCGGAGCAUCGGCAGCCACAAUGCUCAUCUUUAUACUGCCCGCAGCGUUUUACCUCCGACUGGUCAAGAGUUUACCAUUCAGAUCACCACAGAAAAUAUCAGCGGCCAUUUUCCUGGUGGUGGGCAUAAUCUUCAUGAUUGGCAGUUUGACUUUGAUCGCUAUGGACUGGAUUCACAAUCCUCCCGCUUCUAAAGAAGCUCACUAAACCCUGCUCACCCCUCACCCAAAGGUGCUGAAACUGAAACCACCUCAUCAGAGAACAUGUCAACAUGGACGUUUAGUUCUGAUUGAACCUUGUGACUCUCUCGCUCUCUCUCUCUCUCUCUCUCUAAGAUCUCAUGUGUUGUUUUAAAACUCUCCUUUCUGUUUUCUUACUACUCAAAUCUCUUCGCCCGCGGGUCUAAGAUCUACGUGAAAGUAUAUUCACGGGGGAGAGAGACAACAGGCGCCAGCGUCAUUAUCUGUGGGAGAGAACAUUGAUAACCGCCUCAGAGAGAGAGAGAGAGAGAGAUAGAGAGAGAGAGAGAGAGAGAGAGAGAGAGAGAGAGAGAGGGAGAGAGAGGGAGAGGGAGUCGGGCAGAAGGUUCAUGGAACAAAAAGCACUUUUGGAUUUGUCUUCAAGACACGCCAACAAAAAUACAUUUUUUAAUCACGUUUGACUUUCAUUAGGCAACAUUAGUGCUCAUUGAUAAUUAGUUUGUCGUUUUUCUUUGUGUUUUUUUAAAGAAAUAGUUCACAUAAAAAAUCCAACACGCUGUCGUUUUCCCACUCUCAUGCCCGUUCCAAACAGUCUAGACAUGAAUCUAGACAUGUCCUGAACAAAAAACACCAUCAAUGUUAAAUCUUCUUUUCAUCUUUCAUUGUGUUCAAUUCUAUUUGACACUACAGGAGAGUGAGUGAAUUGAGACUGAAUGUUUUUGUUUGGGUGAACUAUUUAACAUUACUGUUAUUAUCACAUUUCCUUUUCGUGAAGGAAAACGGUCCAAUUAUCAAUCUUGGAACCAAAAUGAAGAAGUUGGGCAAACAGGCUGCUUUUUCUUUUGAAUUGAUCCAUAACAUCAGAACAACACAGUAAGAUCAGAUCUGCUUUAUUCAGUGUAAAAUGAAUGGACAGAAACGUUUAGGUGAUGCCACGCCAAGCAGGCAGGGAAGGUCUGACUCCUCUGACUAUAACAUAAGUCAUCUCAUACGAGCCUAGACCUGACGCCUCAAGAGCCCAAAGAUCAAGCGCCCGACAUCCGGUCACCAAACGAUCCAUGUAUGUGAAGAUCUGAGAUCAUUCUGUGUCGUAUUUCACCACACUGCCUCUCCGGAGAAGAAUAACGUUUACAGACUCGCCUGUCUGCCAUCCGUGUUAAAGCGGUUUCUGUGUGCGCUGGUCCUGCGCUGGUCCUGCCAAAGCGGACCAUAUUUAAAGAUCAUUUGGUGAUCUACGUACUCAUAAAGCAAAUAUUUCAAAUGAAAUGGUUAUGAUAUUUUUGCAUGUUUUAAAACACAAACAUGGUCCUUUUGGACAUUGUAUAUGGUUUGUAAAUAGUCAGCUUUUUUGGAUGUUGGAAGGGAUGAUGCAUCAAAUGUUCACCAGUAGAGUUUUAGUGUUAUAUUUUAGAUAUGGAAGCCAUCGUGACUUCGUUUUUUUCUUUUGUAAAUUUGUAGAAAAGCUGUUGUAUUUCUAUUGUUACUUCUGUUGGAAAGUUUUUAUGACAAACUGGAGCUGUGUGUCUGUGUGUUUUGUUGUUUUUGUGUAUGUUACUUGAUGAUUUCGAGCAGCUGAAAUGGUACUUGACAUCCAGUGUUUCUGUUUGACGUUCCUCUUUGGAAAUUUAACAGAUGAUAGAUGGGACGAUGUUCGGCAAACAUCCAGCAUGUUUUUGUAACUAUCAGCCACAGAUUGUGUGUAUGUCUCAGAGAUAUUGAGCAGUAUUGUCUUCCACUGUUUACCUCUUCAAAGUAUUGGACUGACAUUUCUUUGAGUUUAAUAUGGAGUUUGAAGUCAAUGUGAAAUCACAAAGGACCCUGUUAAUAAUUUCCUCUAAACAAAAAACUGUUCGUCUUCCAUAGUUUUGCAUGAAAGAAAGUUUUGCAUCUUUAAAAAACAACUUUUUUGUUUGUCAUAUCGAGACACUUACAGCAUUCUUUUAGUGGAUAAAAGUCUAACCAUUUUGUCUCUUGAAUCGGUCGUUUCAUGAAGAGCUUUAAGCAUGUUAAAUCUCCCUUGAACAUCCCGGUCAGUCAGUACUUUUGUCUCGCAGGUCUGUGCCUGUUGCUUCCUUCAGGGAAAAUAUGCCGGAGUGUUUCAAUCUGAAUGUACAAAUUAUAACGGUUUAAAUGUAUUUUGGUAAUGUGAAAUAAACGUUGUAGUUGAAGCGUAGAGGAACAGACACUAGUGAUAAAUAACUAUGAACAAAUUGCCUUACUACAAUCUCACAAAAGUGCCGUGUGACCGCUGCUUGCCAAUCAGCUGCGGUCUCCUGCAGAUCAGCCAAUCACGAGCAGUCGUUGCAUUGGGGGAUUUUUUUGUAUCACUGAAGCUGUUUCCAUGUUAUGUAACAUGAUGAAUAAAGAAAAUGGGAAGC